CGCCCAAACCACAAGCACCCAGUAUACAUGUCAGCAAGGCCACACGCCUUUAGUUAGGUGGAACCAUUUGGAUGAUCCCGUCUUUCUAAUGAUAGCUGGGACAUGUCGGCACCUGCCAUGGGGACCAGCAAAACAACGCACGGUGAUUCGAGUAACAAGAAGAAAAAGGGACCCGGAACGCUGGCCACCGCAUAUAUGGUCAUCUACAACGUGGUUAUGACAGCAGGAUGGCUGGUCAUUGCUGUUGGUCUCGUUCGAGCAUACCUUGCCAGAGGUAGUUACCAUGGUCUUUAUUACUCGAUAGAGAAGCCCCUGAAGUUCUUUCAAACUGGUGCACUCCUGGAGAUAUUGCAUUGUGCUGUGGGAAUUGUUCCCUCCUCGGUGGUCUUAACUGGGUUCCAAGUGAUGUCACGGGUGUUCCUUACCUGGGCAAUCACACACAGCGUUAGAGAAGUCCAAAGUGAAGACAGUGUCCUGCUAUUCGUGGUGGCCUGGACUAUCACAGAGAUCAUCCGUUACUCUUUUUACACAUUCAGCCUGCUCAACCAUCUGCCUUACCUCAUCAAAUGGGCAAGGUACACAUUUUUUAUUGUGCUGUACCCCAUGGGCGUGACGGGGGAACUUCUGACGAUCUAUGCUGCACUGCCAUAUGUGCAGAAAACAGGGCUCUACUCCAUCACCUUGCCUAACAAGUACAACUUCUCCUUUGACUACUACAGCUUCCUCAUCCUCAUCAUGAUCUCCUACAUCCCCUUAUUCCCUCAGCUUUACUUCCACAUGAUGCGCCAGAGGAAGAAAGUUCUGGGUCACAUGGAAGAGUACAGCAAAGUGGAAUAACUCGCCCUGCAAAGCUCCACACACAGCAGACUGAUCGCAUGGGGAAGGGAAAAACGUGGAUAACCUUUAAAAGCCACACUUCACAGAUGUUAUAAACGGAAGAAAAAGCUUUCUUGUUGAUUAACAGGGCAGACAUGAAGAUGAUUGCUAAUGAUACUACUUUGUUGAAGAACUGAUGCAGUUGGUAAUUUUAGGGAUCCUGUAACCAC